AUGAAUACUAAAUCCUGUUUGUUGUUUUUGCUUGGUGUAUGCAUUGUUGGAUUUGUGUCGGCAAAGCCACAAAAUGACUCUGGCAGCUGUGGAGAAAAUCAGGUAUUUACAACAUGCGGCUCCGCUUGCGCACCAACGUGCGCUUUGAGGGAUGUUCCAAUCUUUUGCGCCGGCAUAUGCAUUGUCGGCUGUCAAUGUAUUCCUGGCUAUUUGUGGAAUAAUUUGGGAAGCUGUGUCCUACCAGAGGAUUGUUGAAUGGCUCCAACGUUAAAGCAGACUUUGCGUUUGUAUCAAUAAGCAAGUAAAUGAAAUCGAAAAUUAUGUGGAUUGUUAGUUAUGAGUAUUGAAAACAAACAAAAACUAGAAACUUAUAAAGAAAUAAAUUCAUAAAAAAUUGUAUCGAAGUGUUAAA